CCCUCGGCUGCACGGUUGCCAUGGCAGCGUCUGGGCGCGCGGCCGGGCGGAGGGAAGAUGGCGGUGACCGGCUGGUUGGAGAGUCUGCGAGCUGCUGAGAAGACGGCGCUGCUGCAGGACGGGAGAAGGAAAGUGCACUAUUUGUUUCCAGAUGGGAAAGAAAUGGCCGAAGAAUAUGAUGAGAAGACAAGUGAACUACUAGUGAGGAAGUGGCGUGUGAAAAGUGCUCUGGGAGUCUUGGGCCAGUGGCAGCUUGAGGUGGGAGAGCCAGUGCCCCCAGGAACAGGGAACCUGGGCCCCGAACUCAUCAAGGAAAGCAAUGCCAAUCCUGUCUUCCUGCGCAAGGAUACAAAGAUGAGUUUCCAGUGGCGGAUUCGAAACCUUCCCUACUCUAAGGAUACCUAUAAUGUCUGUGUGGACCAGAAGGAGCGCUGCAUCAUUAUCAGAACAACCAACAAAAAGUACUACAAGAAGUUCUCCAUUCCUGACCUAGACAGAUACCAGUUACCUCUGGAUGAUUCCUCGCUGAGUUUUGCUCAUGCCAACUGUACCCUGAUUAUCUCUUACCAGAAGCCAAAGGAGGUCAUAAUGGCUGAGUCAGAGCUACAGAAGGAGCUAAAGAAGGUGAAGACGGCCCACAGCGGCAAUGGGGACUGCAAGACCCAGUAGUUAAUCACAGAGUCUUGUACCUCCAGAAUGGAAGGCACCAUGAGACUUCAGGCUUGGUCCUUUCCAGCUCAGGGCUGCUAUCCGGAGUCUGAAAGACUGGACUGUGGGGCACUUCUAGCCCCUGAGUCAUGAUCUUAUUUCCUGAGUAAAGAUAUUCUGAGU